AUGGCUGUUCCAGCAUUGGUCGCAAGCUUCCUCCCCUCCUCAACCCGCCAUAAUCAACCCUCUCUCUUAUUCUUUAGACACCUUCGCUCCUCCUCCUCCUCCGCCUCCUCCUUUUCCGGCGCUCAAUUCGUGACACGCGCUUUGAAGAUUGAAGAUAAAGAGAUUGUGAGACGUUCAGCAAAUUGGGAACCUAACAUUUGGGACUAUGGCCUUUUGCAGUCACUCAGUGUUGAUUACACGGAGGAUAAAUAUACGGAGCAAGUCCAAAGGUUGAACAAGGAAGUCAAGGGUAUAUUCGACAGGGAGAUGAAUCAGGUAGCCAAGCUCGAGUUCAUUGAUGCGGUUCAAAGACUAGGACUAGGAUACCAUUUCGAGACGGAGAUCAAGAACGCUCUAAGUUUCAUCUACAACACCGAAGUUGCUCAACUUUUGGACGAUCUCUAUGCCACUUCCCUUCGAUUCCGGCUACUCAGACAACACGGAUACACCGUACCGCAAGAUGUGUUUCAAAGGUUUAUGAACAAGACGGACACAUUCAUCGAAUUGCUCAGUAAGGAUGUGAAGGGGCUUCUUGGUCUUUAUGAAGCUUCUGUCCAUGGAUUGGAAGGUGAAACCAUACUUGAUGAAGCUAGGAACUUUGCUUCCAAGCAUCUAAAGGAUCUACACCUCGACAAAGUUCCCGCUAUAUUAGCGAGCCACGUGAGUCACGCAUUAGAUAUGCCGAUCCAUUGGAGGCCAAACAGGUUGGAGGCUCGGUGGUUCAUGGACAUGUACGAGAAACAGACAGACAUGAUCCCCUCUUUGCUCCGAUUGGCUAAAAUAGACUUCAAUUUAGUGCAAUCAGUCCACAAGAAGGAAGUUAGCAAUAUGGCAAGGUGGUGGGUUGAACUUGGCGCGAACAAGAUGACCUUCUUUAGAGACAGGCUAGUGGAACACUAUUUUUGGUGCUGCGCACUGGUUUUCGAACCUCAAUAUUCAGCUUACAGGGAAAUGACGACGAAGCUCCUUUGUAUGGUGACACUUAUUGAUGACGUUUAUGAUGUAUAUGGGACGCUGGAAGAACUUGAGCUCUUAACAGAUUUUAUUGUCAGGUGGGACAUCACAGACAUUGAUAAGCUUCCUCCAACGAUAAAGAAUAGUUUCAUGGCCUUGUACAACACGACCAACGAAAUUGGUUAUUGGACGAUGAGAGAGCUAGGAAUCAACACCAUUCCUUACAUGCGAAAAGUGUGGGCGGAUGAAUGCAAGGCCUACAUAAAGGAGGUCAAUUGGUACAACAAGGGCACUAAACCAACACUGAAGGAGUACAUGGACGUUGCGGUGGAUUCAGUCGGUGGGCUGAUUAUGCUGUUGGGCAGCUAUUUCCUAACCACGGACAAAUUGACGGAAGAGGGACUUGAUUACGUGUCGAAAAUCCCGAGUGUCAUGCAUUGUUCUGCCAAAAUCCUUCGACUCAACAAUGAUCUCAGUACCUCAUCGUAUGAAUUGGCACGAGGAGACAACUUCAAGGCGCUCGAAUGCUACAUUAAUGAAACCGGCGCUUCGGAAGAGGCCACGCGGGAACACGUGAGGCAUCUGGUGCGCGAGACCUGGAAGAGAAUGAACAAAGAUGUGUUUGAGGACUACCCAUUUCCUGGGUUCGCGCCUUUUCUCGGUGCUUGUUUGAACUUGGCACGAGCUUCUCAGAGCUUUUACCAGUAUGGAGACGGACACGGCCUUCCCGAUAACAAAACCAAGGACCAUCUUGUGAUGGCUUUAUUCGAACCCGUGCCCCUCGAUUAGGGAUGCAUUACUGACAAUGGUAUCGCUGUUGGAGAGAGCCUAUAAUCUUACGUGUUAUUAUAAGCUUUCGGGGUGGCUCCGGAAGCUCUAAGACAUUGAAACUAUUGUAAUUGAAGUCUAUCGAAGUUCGAUGUACGAGCUCCAUAAAAUUCGCCGGAGAAGCACAUGCUAUUCCGUGCUCUGUGUUGUGGCUGAUAAACGUAAUUGAUUGUAAUAUUUGUGGUGAUUAUCUUUA